UUCUCAUUUUACAAUCGUGUUAGAUUAGUCGCAUUAAAAUUUUGACCAUAUAAAUUAAAUCAGACUGCAAUGAUUUUUUUUUACUAUGGAGGAAGCAUUUUUUUUUCCAUAGAUGAGAGACAUAAAGAAGGUUGCCAAAAUGGGAAGAAGGAUUUGCCAAAAGCUGAACACUCAAAGGAUCAUGAUAUAAUAUUACAUGAUGUGAUCAUAUUCAUCAUACUUUAUACCCUCGUAGCACGCUCUUCUCUCUGCUCUGAGUCGCCCUAACAAUGUCGCCGGCCAUCUUCUUCCUCUUGCUUCUCAUAUCCUGCUCGGCCUGCUCUGCAUCCUCCUUCUCCGCCCACGGACGCCGUAUUCUCCACCAGCCUUAUCAUCCUCUGCGUUCCGAUCCUCCUGUCUCCCUGCCGCCGGCAUCCACCGCUGACGGGAAUGCUCCCUUCUUCCCUUCCAACGGUAUGCCUCUGGUGCCUCCGUCUCCCAAGACGCUCGCGUCCUUCCCUGCGAAUAUCUCCUCCGUCGUCCUCCCGCGCGCCCAGGAACAUAAGCCCGUCCCUUCCACGCUCAUCGGCGCCGCCGUAGCUGGCGUGGCCGCCGCUGCGAUCGUUAUCGCGGUUUCCGUCUUGCUGGUCCGCCGGAAGAGGAGGAACGUUUCGGGUUUAUGUGAGGGGAAAGACCACAGAUCCGACAGCGGCAGUCGAUUGAGUUACUGCAAUAGCGCGGGCGGCGGCGGGAAUCUGCUCGUUCCGAAGCUCCAGAGGCCAUCCCAAACCAGUACUGAGUUCCUCUACUUGGGCACUAUGGUCAAUUUACACGGAGCGAUCGAAUCGCGCAAUAUGCAAAACCCUACUAGCAGUAUUUCUACCAGCAACGAGACGCCGCUAAAAAUGGACUCUCCGGAGCUCCGCCCGCUAGCGCCGCUUCACAGGCAGAGCUUUAACCUAAACUGCGAGAAUACCGAGCUUAAUUCCGAACUAGAGGAAGAAACUGACGUGUUUUAUUCUCCCAAAGGGUCGUUGGGCGAUAGAGAGAGCUCGAUCGGAACUGGAUCGGCUUCCAGGAGGGCAUUCUCUGCGGUCGAGGUCGAGAAUUUAGAACAAUCCUCAUCAUCAUCAUCAUCCUCUUCUUCUUCCUCGCCAAAGAUGUCUGUGUGUCUGAGCAUUUCCCCGCAGGCGAGUUUGAGCCCUAACAGCUCAAUGCUAAAGUCACAUGAAUCGCUUGCUGUUUGGACGGCUCCUCCUCCACUUCAGCAUCAACCUCACCCACCGCCUGUCUAUGUGGCACAUUGGGUUUAUGCAAGAGAAUCUGAUUCGCCUUCUCCUGCUAGUUCAUCCUCCCCGGAGAGAUAUUCUAGAAGAAGCAUAGAAUCAUCUCCUGGAAAUUCUGGCAUUUGGGAUCGGUGCGUAAAAUCUCCUCUUAGAAUUGUCAACGGUUUGGAAUCUCCAGUGAAGUUGGACUCUCCAUCUAGAAACAAUGGAAUGGGUAUUGAAUCUUCGGCGAGAAUCAGUUGUCUUGAUACAGAAUCUCAGGUAAGAACCAGGCAGCAGAGAAGCCCAAUUUCUGCUCCACCGUUCUCUUUGCCAUCGGCACCUCGCGGUAGCAGUCAAAAUCGAACACCUCCUCCUCCACCUCUGCCACCCCUGAGUAAACAAUUAGAAGGUCCAAACAGUCAUACUGAGAGUUCUGGGAAGAAUGAGGCGAUGCCGAAACCAAAAUUGAAGCCAUUGCAUUGGGAUAAAGUGAGGGGAAGGUCGGAGCGGGAAAUGGUGUGGGAUCAAAUCGAAUCAAGCUCAUAUAAGGUGAAUGAGGAGAAAAUUGAGACAUUGUUUGUCUUAAAUUCCCCAAAUUCGAAAUCAAAUCCACAGGAAACAACCCGAAGCCAAUUUCUUCCUUCGAGUAGCCAAGAAAACAUGGUCCUUGAUACGAAGAAGUCACAAAACAUUGCAAUCUUGUUGAGGGCACUAAGUGUCACCACUGAAGAAGUGUGUGGAGCUCUCAUAGAAGGAAAUGUUGACGCUCUUGGGAUUGAGCUUCUUGAGAGCUUGAUGAAAAUGGCUCCAUCUAAAGAAGAGGAGCGUAAGCUUAAAGAGUAUAAAGAUUAUUCACCAUUCAAACUUGGAACCGCUGAGAAAUUUCUCAAGGCAUUGCUUGAUGUGCCUUUCGCAUUCAAAAGAAUACAUGCAAUGCUUUACAUUUCCAAAUUUGACUCUGAGAUCAGCUCUCUAAAAGGUUCAUUUGAAAUUCUUGAGGCGGCAUGUGAAGAGUUGAGGAGCUGCAAGAUGUUUUUGAAGCUUCUGGAUGCUGUUUUGAAGACUGGGAACCACAUGAACGUGGGGACAAACUGUGGUGGUGCACAUGCAUUUAAGCUUGAUAAUCUCCUCAAGCUCGUUGAUAUCAAGGGUGCUGAUGGAAAGACUAGUCUCUUGCAUUUUGUCGUUGAAGAGAUAAUUACAAGUGAAGGUGCUCAUUUUGCUUAUCUAAACCAAAAUGGAAAGAAAGCUUUCAAUGAUGAUACCAUGCACCGGAGGCUUGGCCUUCAGGCUGUUUCUAGCCUCAGUUCAGAGCUAAGAAAUGUCAGGAAAGCCGCCACCAUGGAUUCGGAAGUCCUCCACGCUGAUGUUGUGAAACUUUCUGAAGGGAUUUUCGACAUUGUAGAGGUUGUAAAGUUGAAUGAAGCUACGGUAUUGGAUGAAAGUAGCACACACAAGUUUUCAGAAUCAAUGAACAGGUUUUUAAAAAUGGCAGAGGAUGAGAUUAUAAGGCUCCGAGCCCAAGAGAGUGUGGCUAUAUCUCUAGUAAAGGAGAUAACCGAAUACUUCCAUGGGAAUUCAACCAAAGAAGAGGCGCACCCGUUUAGAAUCUUCAUGGUGGUGAGGGACUUCCUGGCGAUUCUUGAUCGCGUGUGUAAUGAACUUGGAAUGAUAAAUGAGAGAACGUUGACCAGGCAUAUUCGACUAGGAGGAACAUGUUGGCUGCGACUGGGCACACUUGCAAGAAGCUCAAAGUUGAAAUCCAUUUUCAUGGACGCAUCAAUUGGAUCACGGUUUCUCAUCAUACACGUGGGGGGAGAGCAUCAAUGGAGCUGGGAUGAUUGCCCAAUUGACCGGUUGAAUAUCCGGGUUGCCCCACAAACCGGCAAGCCUGCAACUAAAUCCCUAGUUCUCCCUCCCCUCGUCGCCGGCGGUUGGACGGUGGGGAAGAAGCGAACCAUGCGGUUUCAGAUGCUUAAACAACCGUUAUGCAGCUACUACGCAUUCACCUCGAGAAAUAGCUUCAAUUUCCUCUCCAAAUCAGAAUUCGCUCCUCAGUUCUCCGCAAAACGGAUGGGAAUCAAGGGUCACGUUCAUAGAGGUUUUGCAACAUCGGCGAAGAUUCAGAACAAGAAGAGGAGACUAGAUGAAAUAUGCCUGGAGAGAUACCAACAAUAUAGUCGAACAUUUAUACAAUCUUGGAUUCUACAAGGGAAGGUGCUUGUGGAUGGUAAAAUUGUGACCAAAGCUGGAACUCCAAUCCCUGAGAAAGCUGUUGUGGAGAUCAUAGCUGAAGUUCCAAAAUAUGUAUGUAGAGGUGGACACAAGUUAGAAGCUGCUAUUGAGAAACUGGAGAUCGAUGUAGCUGGAAAGGUUGCUCUAGACUCUGGCUUGUCAACUGGAGGGUUUACUGAUUGUUUACUUCAGUAUGGUGCUUCCUAUGUUUAUGGUGUUGAUGUAGGAUAUGGACAGGUUGCUGACAAAAUCCGUCGGGAUGAACGUGUAAGUGUUAUAGAGAGAACAAACUUGAGGUACCUUUCUGACCUUCCGCAAAAGGUUGAUGUGGUGACUUUGGAUCUCUCCUUUAUUUCAAUACUUCUGGUCAUGCCAUCCGUGGUCAAUUUGAUGAAGGAAGAUGCAACAUUAGUUACUUUGAUUAAACCUCAGUUUGAGGCCCGCAGAAACCAAGUUGGGGGUGGUGGAAUAGUAAGGGAUCCAUUGGUCCAUCAAGAGGUCGUCGAGAAGAUUGUGAAUGGGGUGCAAAGUUAUGGCUUCCAAUGCAAAGGCUGGAUCGAGUCCCCAUUGAAAGGGGCUGAAGGAAACACAGAAUUUCUUGCUUGUUUCUACAGAGCAGCCAUUGAAAACACAGGCCAAGCUGGGGAAUAGUAACUCGAUCUAAUGAUUAUAGGAAAUAAACCUCAAAAAAAAGAGAAGGCUUUGUAGAAUUGAAUGCAUUUAGUUUAAUGUUUGCUGGGAUUAUUUAGUUUUAUCCAUCCAUUUUUAAUUUACUAUUGAUGUUGUCUUUAGGAACUCUUUACUGCUACAUUCGAAAGAAAGUUCUCGUUUCGGU